UUGGUGUCAGGGAUCGUUUAUUGUUCGAAUUCAAAUAAGCCAGGCGUUGAAAAUGCUGAAAAUGAAAAGCUUCAGGAUCCAGCCACAUUGACAAACAGUUACUUGAUGAAAAAUGCAGCUGGUGUUACAGUUGAUGCAGCAUGCUCUCUGCUCACCCAGACAGUUGCAGCUCUCUUGCAGACUCACUCUGAUUAUGUAGAGGUGAUGCUGGAAUUGAUGAGACUCAUGGAAUACAAUGUGUCUCUGAAAGGCUAUGAACAUGAGCAGGACCGUGUUUGGGAACUGAUUCUAGAGGCAAGGGCCAUGUGUAAUGAGUUGAAGCAGGAACAACAGAAAUUGUUACAGACAUUUAGGAGUCUUGAGCGUAUGAUGGAAUCAGUGGGUGAAGCUGCAUUUGCAACUGGGGCCGAAUAUCCUGGAAUUAUUGCAGGGGAGAGGCUUUUCUCAGCCCAAGUUAGAGUAAAUCAUGCUCAAAAAUCUCUUGAGGAAAUUGAAGAACGCUUGCAACAAACAAAUGUUAGAAUGAUCGAAGAGACUGCUAAACGAGAAGAGGAAAAGAAUAAAAGGAAAUUACAGCAAGAGCAGUUAGAUGAAGAAAAUGACAAUGAUACUAUUGAAGAUGAUGAUACGGGUGGUGAGAGUGGGCAAGAUAAAGAAAAUGAUGACAUGUGAAAGGUACACUAGUUAAGCAGACCUAACAUAUCAAUCAUCACUAGCCCACUUAUAUUUAGCUGUAAGGCGGAUCUCAACUCAAAAGGAUCCACAAUCAGGUGAAAACAAACAGAUCAUAUUUUGGGAUAAAAGGACAAUAUUGCUUGAUAUAAAUCUUCACAAAAUGAUAAUUGACCACUGAAUUCAUGUCUUUGAAACACUGAAUGUUAUGUUUGUUUCAACUUAUAAGGUACACUUAUAUGAAAAUAAGGCUGGCUUUUGAAUGUAUUCUGUUGCAAUAAGGCCCUAUAUGAAAUAUGCAUUUAACAAGAAGGUCGCUGGGUGUUUAAUUGAAAAUUGACAUUU